ACUUGGUGUAGUUUUCCCCUUGAUAAAUUAUUUACCGCACCGUUUUCCUGAUAGACUGCACCUGAGCACUUUGCCUCCUCCAGCCCGUCAGAGGAAAGUUAAGUAUUUUAAGUCGCCUUCUCACUCUGGGAAGCAGCAGAAAUGCACAGACCUGAAAGGCGAGUAGGUGCUUAGAAAAUGUGACAAAGCCCGCAGAGGCGAAAGCCCCCUGGAGGAUUAGAGGAACUGCCGUGGUCUCGGGUGGAAAUGUUGCUGUUUAUGGAGAAACUGUGAGCAGACCGGAGAUGCGGAUUACUAUAACCAUUCUGUACCUCGGAGCUCUAAACUACACAGUCUUCUCCUCUCCUCCAAGCCCAGUCAAUGUCAUCUUCUCCUCCCUGAACCUGAGGAAUGUGCUGCACUGGCAUCCUGGCAAUGACACGUCACAAAACACACACUACACAGUGCAGUAUGCCAUCUACGGGGACAGGGUGGAGGACGGAGGGAGACGGGUGCGCUGGAGACCUGUGCUGCAUUGUACAGAUACGACGCGGAGCUCGUGCGAUCUGACCAAUGAGACGUGGGAUCUGGAGCAGGGCUACUACGCCAGGGUUCGAGCCAGAGGGAGCAGAGGAUCCUCCAAAUGGACGGUGACACAGAGAAGAUUCGAACCGAAGGCUGACACGAGUUUUGGCCCUCCGCUGGUUUCUGUGGUGAUCGAGGAGGACAGCGCCAUCAUCAGUCUGAAGGGGCCCUUGAGAUAUCAGCCUGACAACCAUACCCCAGAGGUUUCCAUGGCAACGCUUUACCCCCAGAUGACCUAUAACCUUUCUGUCCACAACGCCCGUCAAAACCAGACACGUUAUUUCCCAGUGGAUUCCAGUCAGUUCAGGUAUCGUCUGUUGGAGUAUGACACAGAGUAUUGCUUCUCUGCCAAGGCAAGAUUCCUCUCCAUGCCCGCUUCAUGCCACCGCUCAGCUUGGCACUGCAUCACCACGGCACCAGACCCUGUGGUUGGCCAGCUGCAGAGGGUGAUUUUGGGUAUUGUGAUUCCGUCAGUGUGCAUGUGUAUGCUGGUGGUGGCCGGCUACCUGCUGUGUCACUCACUGAGGGGGAACGGACACAAAAGGCCGCAUAUACUGGACCUGUCUCCAAUCCACUCGACUCCUUUGACUUUCUGUCCGGAGAAUCUCAACAUCAUCCUCAUCCCUGUUAUCAACAGCAAGCUCUCAUCAGUCACCAAAAAUAAUCACACAUGUCCCAAGCCACAGGAGCCAAUCCCAGUUCUCCCACACUUUCCGAGCUAUGCCCGCCAGAUGCCCAUCUUCCCGGAGCCUGAGGAACUCUGGGAAAACGAGUCUUUGGACUAUGGAUUUGCUGCAGCAGCUUCUGAGCUUAACGAGGAAGGAGGGAGAACACAGAUGAGUGAUGGAGGGGGAGACAGGGAUCAUUUGGUUAGUGGAGAACGCAGGGAAGAUGAAGUGAGAGACAGCUGUGAGAGAGGGGAGAGUGAUCACUCCACUAAAGCUGAUGCUCCCUCCCUAAACCCAUACAAAAGACAAAAGACGGCGCACACAUUUGUACAAGCACACUCAUGGUCGCAUGUACAAACAUUUAUUCCACCUCAAACCCCUUUUCAAGGGCGGAUAGAGGGACAGACAGAGGGAGGGGAGGACGAUUCAGUGAAUGCACGUUUAAGUAUAAAGAUAGACCCCCAUACCGGCCUCCUCCAUUUUCCUUUGCAUUCACAAACACAGAAGGAGGGAGGGACGAAGGGGAGAACAGACGGGGUGAUAGUUGAAAAGGUGGAAGAAGAAAUGGAAAGAGAGCAGGUACCCCUCCUUUCUCCUCAGGACCAACAGCACACUGAGGCCCUGCCCCCCUCCUGCGCAGGCCAGUUGAGGUACUUUUCCAAUGACUGUGCUUUUCUGAGAGUGGCUACAGAGCAGGAUACGGAGGAAAUGGAGCUGGAGGGAAGCAGCUUUGUUAAUUGGGAUCCCGAGACCAGGAAGCUUGUGUUGCCAGAAAUGGAGAGAGAGAUAAUGAGGGAGGGAGGGUUGAUACAGGGAGAGGAGAUGCAGGAGUGUGGGAUGAAUGGAGGGGAGGAAGAGGAGGAGGAGGAGCAGCAGGGGCCGAGGCUGGAGAGUGUGCUCGUGAGGCAGGUUUCCGCGGAAGUGGAAGAGGCACAGAGAGGAAUGGAGACAAAGAGGGAAACCGGGUGGCAGGCAGGCAACAUGCUGACCAGCUGGGAGGUAGUGAUCAAGAUGGACCAGUAGGCGACAUCAACUGACAUUUUCUACAUUAAGAAAAGACAGAAAAUGCUCUCCCUCCAAAGUCAUCCACCUUUGUGUUUUCUAAGAAAUGCAUAAUGACCAGAUAUGUAGAUGACAUACAACACGCUGUGAUCAUGGACCCCUAGGGGAAGAAGUUGUGAUAAAGUGAUAGCUACUCACAUGACAAUUACAAAGACAACAGGAUUACAUUCAUACCUCUGAAUUUUGUUUCUUUAUUACUAUUUUUGAAUUAUAGUUUAUGUGUACAUUACCAAAUCACACUGUAAGGAUUAAAUCACACCACUAGAAACUCUGAAGGAAAUUAUCUGAAGUUAGAGCAAUAGGAAAAGUGUUCACUGCCCUAUAUGCAGUAUAUUGACAUUAGAUUGAUGCAUUAAUGUGUAUUUGUAUAGCACUUAUCAAAACCAGUGUUACAAAGACUACAUAAAACAAUAUAACACACAAAAAAUAAAGAUCAAGUAACAAGAAUAAAAUGGGCAGGCAGAUGAAUUAAAAUACUGGGAAUAAAAUAUACAUGAGAGACGAGCGAAACUAAAAACAGACCGCAAGGUUUUAAGUGCAGAGUCAAAACAAAAAUGAGUACAAUGCACUGAAAUUCAAAAGUAAAAAUUACUUUUAAAAAGCCUCUCAAUAAAAAUAAGAUUUGAAAAGUGAUUUUAAAAAAAUGUCAGUAAAACUAAAAAAGUAAGUUUGUGCUUGAUAUGAAGUAAAGGUGUUCUGAGAGAGCAUCCUAUGACAAGUAUUUGUACUGGUG